AUCGUGUUGACAUUUUGUCCAAUUUGACAGAUUGGAACUUUGAACGCAAGUACAGUAAUCAUUGCUCAGUAAAAUGUGAAGACAAUUUAUUUAUACAAGGAAGAAUUUUAUUGAAAUGAAAGUGUAGUGGUUGUUAAUAUUCUGUACUAUGGAAAUAAUUAGUUACCGGUUACAUUUUAUUACAUAUUCGUAUCCAUUUUAUUAUCUUUGAGAUAUGGCGAAACUAGUUAUUCAGCAGAACUCAUUCCACAAGGAAAGCAAUUCAAAACAUAAAUGGCCAUUUAGUGGAUUUGCAACAUUUAUAACUAUUAUUUCGUAUUUUGUACUGUCUGUCAGUCUGACAUUCUAUCACAAAUGGUGUAUGCAGGCUGUGAAACUGCCGUUCUUCGUUGUGCUCAGUCACUUUUCGCUGAAAUGGAUCCUGGUGACAGCGAUUCGGCUGAUCUACGCAUGCGCGACCCGCCGGCCCCUCAAAGAGGUAUCCUGCACCGACCAAGUCACUCGCAUCCUGCCGCUUGGCGUCUUCAGUGCCCUCGACAUUGCAUUUGGUAGCUGGGGCCUACUCAUAAUCCCUGUUUCAUUAUAUACAAUGACAAAGUCAUCUACAAUUAUAUUCAUCCUAGGAUUUGCUUUGAUCUUCAAACUGGAGAAAAAGUCAUGGUCUCUGGUUGUCAUAGUUGCAAUGAUAUCGAUAGGACUCUUCAUGUUCACCUACAAAGCUACACAGUUUGAUCUCUUCGGAUUCACAAUGGUGCUAUUUGCCUCAUUUUCAAGUGGACUGCGGUGGACGUCGGCACAAUUCAUAAUGCAACGCUCUGAAUUGAGACUGAAAAAUCCAUUGGAUUUGAUGUACUACACUCAACCUUGGAUGUUCCUAACUGUUCUACCAUUUUUCUAUUUUAUUGAAGGUGGUAAAAUUGUUCACAGCUUGAGUAGUGAAGGCUGGGACAAGUGGUUACCUGUGUUUGGGGGUGGCUUCAUUGCUCUCGCCAUGGAAUUAGCUGAAUUCCUAGUUUUGCUGAGUACAUCUAGUCUCACCCUGUCUGUCAUAGGAAUAUUCAAGGAAGUGACAACGGUGAUCCUGGCAGUGAAAUGGAAUGGCGACACCAUGUCGAGUCUGAACUUCGCCGGCCUGCUGCUGUGUCUGGGCGGCAUCCUGUGUCACGUGGUGCACAAGGCGCAGCUGGGGGCGGGGCCAGGGGCGGGGCCUAGGGGGGCGGUGGCCGAUGAGGCGGCCGCCAAGUUUCUGCCCGAAGGCAGUACGAGCAGUGAAGAGGACGAGCGAGGAGAGGACUCCUCCACCGAGGUGCUAUUCAGUGUGCUCAACAGUCGCGACAGAUAGUAGUCACCUGCCACCUCCACCUCGUCUCUGCUCUAAAUGGUGCUCACCGAAAACUGUUUUAUAAUUAUUGUGGCAGAGGGAAACAAUAUUUUGUUAGGUGGAGCAAUUGCAACCGCAAACUAUCUAAAUCGUUUAUUAAAUAAGAACAAAAGAAGGAGACAAUGCACUGGUCGUUGUAUCUUUUGUCAGGUGGAACAAUUUGAACCGUGAACUAUUUGAAUCGUUUAUUAAAUCAGAGCAAAAUAAGGACACAAUGCUUUGGACAUUGUAUAUUUUGUCAGGUGGAACAAUUUGAAUCGCAAACUAUUCAAUUCGUUCAUUAAAUCAGAACAAAAGAAGGAAACAAUGCUCUGGUCAUUGUAUAUUUUGUCAGUUGAAACAAUUUUAACCGUAAACAUUUUAUACCUCAUGAAUAAUAUUGUAGUUGAUUGAAAAGAAGGAACGCAAUGCUCUCAUUAAUAUUAUAGAGUUGACAAUGUAAUUAACACAAAUCGUUCUUGCCUUGUGGUUCGUCGAUUGAAAAUAGAGAAUACAAUACCUUGUACUCAUUAAACCGCGUAUCAACUUGACAACGUAAUGAAUAGAAAUCCUUGUGGUUCGUCGUUGAUUGAAAAUACGGAGUGUUGAGUUCUUGAACCUUUUGUCAAGUUUAAAGCUAUUGAUCACGCCAAUUCGAUUCGUGGUAUGUACGUAAUUGAAGAAACGAAGCCCAAACAUCACUGUUUCACCACAUUCUUACCUUGUCGAUCGUGGUUUUGACUAGUAGUAUAAAUUCUACUUCGUCUUUACGUCUACUUUAUAUGUAGGCUUUCGUCGUUGUGAAUAGAUAGUCAACGAUCUUUUCCUAUAGUGUAAACCUUCUAUGUUUCCAUGUUUCCGAGACUUGUGCAAGGGAGUGAGAGAGAAAGAGAGAGCUCAGUGAGUUGAGUUCGCCAAGAAAAUAAUUUUGAUGCGCAAAACUAUUUUUAAAAAUAAAUUAAUAAAAAUUUAAAAGAAAUAUGUUUCUCCGUUUUCGUAUGCUGUACAUUGACGCAUAUCGAUUUUUUGGGGGGUUAUCACGGGGGUUAUUACUGGAUGUGAAUUAAUGUAAGCCAAAAAGUUCUAACUAGCUCUUUUUUUAAUUACCGUACACUUUGAAUAUUCACAUUGAUGUUUUGAUGUUUACUCGAAAAAACAGACGUAUGAAUGAGUAGUGAGAUGAAAGAAGGUGCAAGCCAAACCUUAU